AUGGGUUGGAUGGAGAACGCAAACCACAAGAUCGCGGCCAGCGCUGUUGGUCGUUGGUUUCAGCUUGAGGGAUCCGGCCAUCCUCGUGAGCGCAAGGGCUCCCUCUUCUUCACCGAGAUCCGAGCUGGCCUCGCCACUUUCUUCGCCAUGGCAUACAUCAUUGCUGUAAACUCUUCGAUUGUUUCCGAAUCUGGCGGCACCUGUGUCUGCCCUGCUUAUAAGGAUGGUGCCUGUGUUCCAGAUGAUGCCUACCAGCUUUGUGUUGCCGAUGUCAAGCGCGAUGCUGUCACUGCAACUGCUGCCAUCUCUGCCUUGGCUACGUUCUUCAUGGGUCUCUUCGCCAAUCUUCCAGUCGGUCUCGCUCCUGGAAUGGGUUUGAAUGCGUACUUCACUUACACGGUCGUUGGCCCCAGUGGUUCUGGUCCCGUGCCGUAUGAGCUUGCUCUUACAGCCAUUUUCAUUGAGGGCUUCAUCUUUUUCGGCCUUGCCAUUUUUGGUAUGCGCCAAUGGCUGGCUCGUGCCAUUCCCCGUUGUAUCAAGCUUGCCACCAGUGUUGGUAUUGGCCUCUUCUUGACACUCAUUGGUCUUACUUACAGUGAGGGUAUUGGCCUUAUCGUUGGCAAUGUUUCCACUCCUUUGGAGCUGGCAGGUUGCGAAUCCAGCUUUCGAGAUCCUGCUACAGGACUGUGCCCUUCUUCCCAAAAGAUGAGGAACCCGGCUAUGUGGAUUGGUAUUUUCUGCGGUGGUAUUUUUACCGUGCUGCUCAUGAUGUACCGAGUCAAGGGCGCUGUAAUUGCUGGAAUCUUGCUCGUUAGCAUCAUCUCUUGGCCACGAGGCACUGAUGUUACAUACUUCCCUAACGACACACUUGGCGAUGAUCGAUUCAACUUCUUCAAGAAGGUGGUCGACUUUCACCAGAUCAAACGGACGCUCAACGUUCUCCAAUUCGACAUCUCAGGCCACAGUGGUCAGUUCGGUUUGGCACUCAUUACCUUUUUGUAUGUUGACAUCCUCGACUGCACUGGUACACUGUAUGGUAUGGCACGUUUCGCCGACCUUGUCGACCCUGUCACCCAGGAUUUCGAGGGCUCUUCCAUUGCCUAUAUGGUGGAUGCUCUCAGCAUUUCCAUUGGUGCUGUUCUCGGUGUCCCUCCUGUUACUGCUUUCGUUGAGUCUGGUGCCGGUAUCUCCGAGGGUGGUAAGACUGGUCUGACUGCUAUGGUUGCUGGAAUCUGUUUCUUUAUCUCCAUCUUCUUCGCGCCCAUCUUUGCAUCUAUCCCUCCCUGGGCCACGGGCUGCGUUCUGAUUCUCGUCGGCUCUAUGAUGGUUGGUGCUGUGACUGAGAUCAACUGGAGAUAUAUGGGUGAUGCUGUACCAGCUUUCCUUACCAUCGCCAUCAUGCCGUUUGCCUACUCCAUUGCCGAUGGUCUGAUUGCUGGUAUCUGCACGUACAUGGUUAUCAACACCAUCGUCUUGCUCAUCAAGCUUGCUUCUGGGGGUCGCAUUGUGCCUCCCAACUACGAGGAAAGAGACGGCUGGACCUGGCGCAUCCCUGGUGGUUUCCUGCCUCCCUGGAUGAACAGACUCGCUCAUGGUAAGAAGGACUUUUGGCGAGAAGACAAUCCUCCUCAUAACACUACCAACAACACGACUGUUGAUGAUACAACCGCACCCAAGGAGAAUGGUUCUGACCAUGGUGGAUCUGAGGGAGGUAAGGUGGCCGAAACUACCAUUCCUCGAGAAAAAGAGACUUGA